UUCACUCUUCAUUCAUAUGUAUUCAUUGCAGUCACAUGACUCACCCUGUGCUGCUGAGGAGGAGGAGGAGUCAUGUCCAUGAUUCAUGGAGGACAUUCAGGCCAGUAGCCACGCCCACCCUGUGGUUUAUAAAAGCAUCACUUUUACACUCUUUAUUUUAUUUGUUUUUUUAACUUGAAAAGUUUCUGCCUCCAGAUUUUAUUUUGACAGGCCGACAGGAAGUGAGACAAAACCCCCUGUGUCUCCAUCUGUGGGUCACACAGCACCACAGCUGUCCAGGUCAGGAAAACCAACGCACCAAUCAGGAGAGCCCCUCCCUCCCUCUUUUUCUAAACUUUUUUCAGACUUGUCUCCUCCUCCUCCUCCUCCUCCUCUUGUUCUUGUUCUCCUCAGUUUCUCUGAGUUUGUGUGGACGUCUUGUUGUAGACCCACUGUGGACGUCUUGUUGUAGACCCACUGUGGACGUCUUGUUGUAGACACACUGUGGACAUCUUGUUGUAGACACACUGUGGACGUCUUGUGGACACUGUGACGUCUUGUUGUGGACACUGUGGACAGAAGGUUUUUGGGACAAUGAUGACAAGAACGAGGAUGAUAAAAGUGUGGGGUCUUCAUCAUCAUCAUCAUCAUCAUCAUCACCAGCUGCUCUGCUGAGAAACAUGGAGUUCAGUACAGGACAAGGAGGAAGAAGGCAGAGACUCCGUGAUUUUGUCCCUGUCGUCCUCCUGUUGUGGAUGAAUGUCUACACACACGCUCUAGACUGUGGCUCCGCAGACUGUGACCUGGUCCUGAAGGAGGCUCUGGGCCGGAUCUCGUCCCCCUGUUACCCCGACAAAUAUCCCAACUCUCAGUCGUGUCGCUGGGUUCUUCAGGCUCCGGCCGGCUUCAUCGUCCAGCUGUCCUUCCUGGACUUUGACCUGGAGGAGGCGCCAGGCUGCAUCUACGACCACAUGUUGGUGAACACGGGCGACGCAGACGUGAAGUUCUGCGGCCCGACGGCCGAUGGGCUGACGCUGAACUCCACGGGGAACGUGAUGGAGAUCACGUUCUCCUCGGACUUCAGCGUGCAGAAGAGAGGCUUCAGUGUGAGCUUCAGACACGUUGCUGUAGCGUUAAGGAACCAGAAGGUCCAGAUAACUAGUGGUAAUGGCCAGGUCACCAUGGUCGCCAACUCUGUUACCAUGCCGACGCUCAGUCACUUCACCCUGUGCUUUGAGGUGCAACGCAACUCCCAGAAACAGAGGGAGUGGCUCUUCACGUACUUCGACCACAGCAGUAACAUCGUUCUCAGUCUGGGCUCCGCCCACUCCACUAUGUCCAUGAUCGUGGACGGAGUGUCCUGCUCCGUCACGUCCAUCUUGUCCUCCACUGACUUCACCUCCUCCAUGAAGAUGCUGUGUUUGACGUGGACGUCGUCUGACGGUGUGGUGGCGCUUUACUUUGAGGGACAGUACCGGACCACGUCCUGUCCCGCCUCCAGAGGACACUCUGUCCCAGCUGGUGGACAGUUCCGGUUAGGAGGUCAACAGGCCUUGGACGGCUUCCUGUAUAACCUGCGGUUGUGGGACCACGCCAUGACGGAGCAGCAGCUGCGGGCGCUCACCUGCGACACGGCGGGAAACGCCCUGGACUGGGACAACAGCCAGUGGACGGUCCCGCCCACUCUGGCCCAGACGGACGCCACGCUCAGCUGCAUCUGUUUCCCUCAUUGCAUUCAUUUAACUGCUGCUGCGCCAUCUGGUGGUGUGUCUCCGCCCGGCAGCACUCCACUCACCACCAGCUGUGACUCACCUGGACUGGGCUGCCCAGUCCUCACCUCCACCACUAUCAUGCUACUAACCUCAACUAUUAGCAGCAAUGCUACCAGCACCAGCAGCCUCUCUCCCAACAGCUCCUCCUCCUCUGUCCAACAGACUUCCAGCAGCUCAGCAACUCUUUCAUCUGCUUCCACUAACAACGCAGAUACUAACCACAUGACGUCGGUGGAGACAGUGAAGCAGAAGAAGACCAAAGUCUCAACGGCUCCCUCUGCUGCUGCAGUUCCUCCUCAGCUGCAGCAAACCACUGCUUCCUGGUUGGAGGCGUGGUCUUCUGGCUCAUCUGCUCACAGCAGGAGAUGGAGGCGUGUCUUCGGACCUGCGUCUCCUGCAGCUACUUCCAGGUCUGCGUUCAUUUCCGUCUCUGCUGGAGGGGGAGGAGCCUCUCGUCAUCCAGCUCCUCCUCCUGCAUCUUCUCACCCCGGACCUUUCACUUCCUUCCACAGACGCCGUCAUCGCAGCUCUAAAACACAGCUGGGUUACAUCUCCACGCCUCUCAUCUGGCGUGGAAGAAAGAGGACAAUCAGAGAGAGAGCCGUCACCAGAGCUCCGCCCACUCCAGUGAUUUAUGCAACCAAACCUGUGAAACCGCCGCCCAUCACCAAAUCCACAACCACAGACCGAGCCAAACACACGUCUGCGUCGAGAAACAUCACGCAAAAGUUUGAACACGUGACGAAACCUUCAGAACCAAAGCCCCGCCCACAAUCUGGGAUUUCAUCAUCAGCAGUGUCUCCAUGGAAACACAGAGAGGAAGCGUUGGGAAGAAAAGAAUCUCUGUUAGAAGUGGCUGCACCAUCCAUUUCAUCUUCACCUUCAUCAUCUUCAUCAGUAGUUAGUAACAGAAAAAAUAAACCACUGAGUUCACGAUGUGGAAAUAACAAAACGGUUGCCAUGGGUAACAGGACAGAUGACGGGGAAACUGUGGACGAUGUUUCUUCUUUGAGAACUGCGACGCUCGUCUACGACUCGGCUGAAGAUAACGAGACCGUCACCGUCUUCUCAGACGCAGUCGUCCCUCAUCACAGCGUCUCCACAGCUGGAAGACAGGAGACGAUUCUGUCCCCGAGUCCUGUGCUGACCGUUUCAGAGGCUCCUCCCUCUGCUCUGACCGGCUCUUCUUCUUCGUCUUCUUCUUCGUCUUCUUCUUCGUCUUCUUCGUCAGAGGAGGAAACUUCUUCCCCCUCUUCUGUCUCUUCAGUGGACGUCGUGAACGAAGUGCCCUCUGCUCGACAUGAAGCUUUAAACUGGAAUUUGUCAGUUUACAGUUCUUCACUAACUUCUCUUUCCUCGUCUGACUCCUUGACUCCUCCUCUCCCUCCCUUACUCCUCCCCUCAGAAGGAGACGUUGUGAGCAUCCCCCCGUCUCUGAUGCCGUCUCUGUCCUCCAACCUUCUACGUGACGUGGAUUUGACAGCGUUUGUCGGGACGUCCUCGUGGUCACGUCCUCCUCGGUCGCUCUUCUUCUCCGCUCAAAUUCUCAGCAGCUGUUUUUCCUCUCGCGUUAAUCCCACUCCUGCUGGAUUAUCUGUGGAGAGGACACUUGUCCCCGUCCCUCUGUCUCAGCUCCGACCGUCCUCUCGCGUCAAUCCCACUCCUGCUGGAUUAUCUGUGGAGAGGACACUUGUCCCCGUCCCUCUGUCUCAGCUCCGACCGUCCUCUCGCGUCAAUCCCACUCCUGCUGGAUUAUCUGUGGAGAGGACACUUGUCCCCGUCCCUCUGUCUCAGCUUCGACCGUCCUCUCGCGUUAAUCCCACUCCUGCUGGAUUAUCUGUGGAGAGGACACUUGUCCCCAUCCCUCUGUCUCAGCUCCAGGUCAGUUUUAGAACCACGGCUCUGCUGCACAGACACUCGUCUUCAAAUGACCGUCGCCGUGACAACCUGUCAGAGACUCCAACUGCUGCCACAGUGAUGCCGGUUGCCAUGGUGAUGGACAGGAUGACGAGGUCAUGUGACUCAUUUUCCUCCAGUUUGACCAUUAAUGUUGAUCGCAACGUGUUGAGCCACGACCUUUCACCUUCAUCUGAAACUCCGCCCUCUGCUUUAGUGCCGGAUCUUCGUGUUUUCCCGUCUCUCGCACAUCCUUUCCUCUCUCCUCUCCCCUUGUUUCCUCACUCCUUCCCUCCUCCUCUCUCCUCUCUCCUUGUCAGGACUUGGUUUCCUCUCGCUGCCUCUUUACAGCCCCGCCCAGAUAAUCACCCACAGUCCGUCAGUCUGUCAAUCAACCAAUCUCUUCAUCUUUCCAAAGUCUCCGCCCCCUCUGACGACAAUUUAAAACACUCUCCGCCUGUUGUUUCUGACGAGGUUUGUCUGGACGAGUCUCAAACGUUUGAAGACGCUGAAGCGACCACAGACGUAAAGUUUAACGUCGCGGACGUCGUGGACGUAAAGUUUAGCGUCGCGGACGUCGUGGACGUAAAGUUUAACGUCGCGGACACCGCCGCAAUCCCCGACAUUUCGUUUCCUUUACAAACAGAAGCUGCAGACGUGUCUGUGCACACGCCCCCCCUCAGCUCCUCCCCCUCCCUCAUUAUCGAGGACCCACAUCGAGGUCUUGUAUCUGGGUUCAUGGAGCUCCACCCUCCUGUGAGCGGCGACCGCACCUCAAACACCACAGAAGCUGCAAGUGGCAAAGGCGGAGCCAACCAAUCAGCAGACCCCAUCUCCUCAAAGCUGACUCCGCCUUCUCAUCCAAGUGUGUCGGAUAACACUGGCAACGCCCACCUCCCACCGGCCCCACCCCCUGUGGCGACCAGUGCCAGCCCUUUAAAGAUUUCCUCUCCAGCACUGAUGGCGCUGAAACAGGCCACGGCUCCGCCCACUCACCAAUCACCACCUGUGGAUCUGAGUGGCAAAGCCGCGUUGCCGUGCCGAUGUAAACGACACUUUGAUUUAACGUGUCAGUGUGGAACGUCUUCAGGGACGAAGGACGUUUUCUACCGUCUGUCUUUUGUGGUGCAGGACAGACACAAUGCGUUGACGCAGCCUCACGUCCAGCGAGCUGUGGAAUUCUGGCUGAAGCAGACGUUUGAGAACUGGACUCAGUCUGUCUCUGUGGACAACAUCAGUGUCCACACAGGACAGAGUGGAGACAACAUGUCCAGUUACAUGUGUCGUGCUCUGCUCGUUCACUCUCACGUCACUAACGAGAGUCUGGGCGUCACUGCGGUGUCCGUGCGUCUGUCCAGUGAAGAAGGACAGAUGAAAAGUGGACUGCAGGUCCGAGCUGGAUCCACGGACGUCACGUUACUCGAAAACUGUCCGGAGGAGAAUCCUCUUCCAUACCGGUGGCCAGAGAGCAGACCCACAGUGAACCGCUUCCUGCCCUGCUUUCCUAACAAAGACCAGAAAACGUCCAGAACCUGUUUGAUAAAUCUGCAGAACUACUCCUCCUACUGGUCAGAGGCAGACACCACUAACUGCACAGACAUCAACAGCAUUCAGGUGUCAGCAGAAAACGCAGCAGCCGUGGCGGAGCAGCUCGCUAACAUCACUAACACUGAACUGCCCAGUGAUGAGGUAUCUAAAGUGGUGUCAAAGGUGCAGGAGUUGGUGAAUGUAGCUAAGAUCAAUGCUACUCUAGCAAACACAGUCGUCACCAUCAUCUCCAACGUGAUGACGAGUUCAGAGACGCUUCAGUCUGCGAUAUCUGAGAAAGCUCUGAAGACGGUGGAUGAACUCGCUCAGAAGGUGGAGUUCGAUGGUCCGUCCAUCAGCAUCACCUCCAGACAUCUAGCUUUAGCGAUUUCAACCUUUAACACCACCUUGUUCAACGGCACGUCCUUCAGUGCCCUCAUACCCACCAACACCACCAACCCUAAGGUUGUCUUUGAGUCGGAGAGUGUUGACCCGGUGGCUCAGGUCAGACUUCCUGCCUCUCUGCUGUCCAGCGUCUCUCUGACUGAGUCCAACAGAGCAGUUCUGUCCAGGAUCAACUUCAUGUUCUUCAAAAAGACCAGUCUCUUCCAGCGGGAGCAGGACGGUCGGUCUUUGAACAGCUAUGUUGUAGCGAGCAGUGUGGGGAACUUGUCCAUCAGUGACCUGAAGGAUCCUGUGGAGAUUGAGAUCGUCCACCUGUCGGAGCAGCUCACUCUGAAUCCAGUGUGUAUGUUCUGGGACUUCUCUCUCAACAAUGGAGCUGGAGGCUGGAACGCAGGCGGCUGCAGAGUGUCUGAACAGUCGAGCAGCAACAAAACCGUGUGUCUGUGCGAUCACAUGACACACUUUGGCAUCCUUAUGGACAUAUCUGGUGUCUCAGCUCACAUCGAUUCAAAGAACAACAAGAUUCUGACUUUCAUCACAUACAUCGGCUGCGGCGUCUCCGCCAUCUUCUCCGCCGCUACACUGCUCACAUAUGUCGCCUUCGAAAAAAUCCGCCGUGACUAUCCAUCAAAGAUCCUGAUGAACCUCAGCUCGUCGCUGCUCUUCCUCAACAUGACCUUCCUGCUCGACGGUUGGUUGGCCGCUCUGGACGCUCCCUGGCUCUGCGUGUCCGUGGCCGUCUUCCUGCACUACUUCCUGCUCACCACCUUCACCUGGAUGGGCCUGGAGUCCAUCCACAUGUACAUCGCUCUGGUCAAAGUCUUCAACACCUACAUUCGCAGAUACAUCCUGAAGUUCUGCGUCGUGGGCUGGGGUCUUCCUGCCGUGGUGGUGGGAAUCGUGGUCGCUGUGGACAAAAAUUCGUACGGGCUGCAGGAGUACGGCAGAGCGGAGGCGGGGGAGGGGUCAGAGUUCUGCUGGAUCCAGAACCAGGUGGUCUUCUACGUCACCUGCGUCGGUUACUUCUGUCUGGUUUUCCUGCUCAACGUGGCCAUGUUCGUGGUGGUGAUGCUGCAGAUCUGCGGCCGCAACGGUAAACGCAGCAACCGCUCGCUGCGAGAGGAGAUUCUGAGAAACCUGCGCAGCGUCAUCAGCCUCACUUUCCUGCUCGGGAUGACGUGGGGCUUCGCUCUGUUUGCCUGGGGCCCCGUCAGCCUCGCCUUCAUGUACCUGUUCUCCAUCUUCAACUCGCUGCAAGGUCUCUUCAUCUUCAUCUUCCACUGCGCCAUGAAGGAAAAUGUCCAGAAGCAGUGGAGGAGAUACCUGUGCUGUGGACGCUUCAGGCUGUCAGACAACUCAGACUGGAGUAAGACGGCGACCAACAACACAAAGAAAGUCAGCUCAGACAACCUGGGCAAGUCUCUGUCGUCCAGCUCGUUCAGCUCCAGCACAGCAAACUGGACGUCAAAGGCUAAAGCUACACUUAACCCAUUCACCAAACGACACAGUAACACAGAUAAAAGUUACUCCAACCAGACCAGCCCUAAGUGUGUCUCCUCGUCCUCGUCCUCCUCCGACAUGGAGCCAAACUCGUCCUCGUCCUCGUCCUCCAUCCUCCCUGUCAGCCAGAUGAUUGACAAGGUGAAAGGUUACUGCUCCACACGUUCUGACAAUUUCUACAAGAACAUCAUCAUGUCCGACAGCUUUGCCCACAGCACCAGGUUCUAGAACUGUCCUCAAGGGUUCUGGGUCCUGGAACUGCUCAGUUGUUCUCAGUGACAGAGGGAGCUUUAAUUAAAGUUCACAAAACAAAGGACAACAGCGGGAUCUGACCCGACUUCUCUGUGAAACCACCACCAGUGAUAAAGAACCACCCAGGUUCUAGAGCAGAAUCAUUCAGGCUCUAGAACAAUCAGCAACAUUCUUGUACCUAAAGAAUCACCCAGCUUGUAGAACAGAACCACACAGGCUCCAGAACAAUCAAGAACAUUGUAGAACUCCUCAUGAGUCUCAGCCACACAAGCGUUGUAGAACAUUUACCAAGGCCCAUCCAAAGGUUCUAUGUAAUUGAACAUGUUCAAACUUUCUGAGCCUCCCGCAAAUGUAGAACCUCUUCAAGAGUUUGAGAACUCCCCCUGUUCUUAAUCAGAAUGGAGGAUUCCACCCUCCAACAUUCCAGAAACCUCCAACAACAUUGUGGAAUCGUGUGUGAUGGAAUGUGUGAGAAAGUUCUGAAAGACUCAACAACGUUCUAGAGUCCUGGAGAAGAACAUUCAGAACAUUCCUGUGUGUGAAGGCACACAUUAGAACUGUUACUCUCUGGAACUCCAACGCUUUUGAGCACAACUCAUCGUAACAGAGGACUACAACAGUCUAGAAUCCUCUAGAACAUUCUAGAAUCCUGCAUGUGAUAGAACACAUGAGAACGUUAGAAGUCUCUUAGAGUCCCUCAGUCCUCUGGAACCUCUUGAAGCAGCCAAGAAUGUUUUGGAUCUGUGUUUCUGUCAUUCAAGAACCUCAAGUUAAAAUAAACGUUUGCUACUGUCGUAAUCUGCUGACUCACCUUCAUCACAGUCACAGAAUAAUGUCUGUGAAAGGUCAGAGGAGCCUGACAUGCUCGUGUGUGUGUGUGUGUGUGUGCUCAGUUCUGGACUCAGAUCUGAAGGUCAGAGUUUCAAUGAUGAUGAUGACGUGUGGAAAAAGUCGAUCCAGAAACAAAGCUGAGACUGCAGAUGUUCCUCAGUGAGGGUUAGGGUUAGGGUGAGGAACGUGACCCGUUUGACAUGGAAACAUCAGAACCUCACGUUUGACGUGGAAACAUCAGAACCUCAAGUUUGACGUGGAAACAUCAGAACCUCAAGUUUGACUCAGAACUUCCUUCAUGUCACCUGUGGAUGAACGGAUGAAUCUUGGAUGGAUUUUCUGUGAUUUUUCAGCUUCUUAAAUGUGAAUAUUUUCUGUUUUCUUUGCUCCAUAAAAACAAAGAAAUCAUUCAAGAACUCAAUCAUUUUGUGUUUGGGACAAAAACGAGACGUUUGAGAAUGUCGUCAUUUCAGAGUUUGACAAACACUGAUCAAUAUUUUCUGAACAAACAACUGAUCUAUUAAUGGAGAAAAGAAAAGACAGAUGAAUGGAUGAAUAAGAGCUUUUAGUAAGGACAUUCUUAAAGUGGUCAUGUGACUGUGAUGAUGUGUUCAUGAACAGCUGAGUAUUUCAAACGUGACACUGUCAUACUUCAUGGAUUCCUAAAUUUGUCAGUGACAGUGAAUGCAUCAUCUGUGUUAGUUCAUGCGAACACAAGUGAAGGAAAAUAACCCUUUCAUUUCGUCCUGUGGUUCAUUUGUUUUUUCUGCGACGUUAAUCCGUGUGAGAUAUGAGUUAAACAAACGUCCAUGUUUGUCUUCAGUUUUCUCGUUUCUAUGGCGACGGAUGAACGCGUUGAUUGUCGCUCAGAGAUGAAGGACGAAUGAAAGCGGAGAUUUAUAACAAUUCUACUAAAGCAGAUGUGGAGGCAGCAAAAGUCCAUUUUAUUGUAAUUCUUUAGAUUAAAUCGCACUCGAACGUCGUAACCGACGUUUUCCACGUGUUUGUGAUUCAGGCGUUGCUAAGCACAUGCUAACAGUUAGCAGCUGGCAGGCGUGUAACUAUGAUAACAAUCUACGGCGGCCAUUUUGGUUUUCUUCCAUUUUCUUUGUUUAAAAACAUUUGUGUGUAAUCUGUAAUCUACACACACACACACACACGGGACAGCAAUGUAAAAAAAAAAGUAAAUUUCACAGGAAAUGAUUUUAUUUAUUUCCUGUUUCACCUCACAGAAGCUAAGCUAAGCUAGGGGACGGAUGCUGCUCACACGCAGGUGUGUGUGUGAACAUGUAAACAUGUUUUUGUGUGGUUGUAAAAGUAAUCUGAUUACUUGUGUGUUUCCUCUCUUACUUAAUUUAAAUAUUUCUGCAGUAACUGAUGAAUAUACACGACCUCGUCUGUCCAUGUUGUUUGCUACAUGUAUUAUUAUUAUUAUUGUUGUUGUUAUUACAAUGUUGUUGUUGUUGUUUGGAUUGUGAUGUUCACUGUAGCAUCUCAACAUUAAAGGGAAAUGAAAGACCUGAAA